CAAAAUUUCAAAGAAAACGAAAGGCUCGCAAUCUCACUCUUCGACUAGAUAGUCUCUUCUAAGAAAAAUGCUAGUUGCACCCAAGACGGGGACACGCCGUGUACCUGGAUUCCAACUCAGCAUUAUUGAAAUGGUGUGUUUGCACCUUAAGUCAAAUGGUCUAGGUCUGUUUUAUCGUCAAACGGUGUAAAAUCAAGUAAGAACCCAUAGAAUGAUUCUGCUUAGGUCUGAAGACGAACCCUAAACACCCAUGGAAGCCGAUGAAGAACCCCAAUCUUCACCUCGCACUAUGAACACCUCCGAGCUUCCCAAACUUGCUACGAAGACCAUUUCCCCACAAAGUUACGAUGGGUGGGCACAAAUUUCUCCUCAAACAACCUUGCCCACCAAUGUGCUGCCAGACGAAACACGAAGGGAGUCACAGAUUAAAUUUAAGAAUAUCUCAUCAUCCACCACGAACUCUUCUUCAUCUUUUGGUAAACGAACUCUGUGUCGACCAUUAUGCUUCUGUGAAGUUGAAGCCCAACUGAGAUACUCAUCUACUGCAAAAAAUCCAGAACGACCCUUCUUAGGGUGUCCUAAGUACAACACGAAGUGGGUAGAGGCGGAUGAAUACAGAAGGUACGAUCUUGGAGAAACUCAUCAUCAACUGUUAAGAACCAAGAAAGAGCUGGAGAAGAUACUCGACGAGAUCGAAAAGAGCAAGAUUGACCUCCGUAAGAGAGUGGAUGAGAUCGAAAUGAGAGAGAUGGUGUUAUCCAAUAGAAAUGAGGAGGUUGUGAACAAAGAGUUGGCACUUGUUGUUCGCGAAGCUCAAAUAAGACAUUCAUGCAAAUUACUCCGGGUGUAUUGGGCUGCCGCAUUUGUUGUAGCAUGUUACUUGUCUUGCAAAUAAGUGACUUAGGAUUAGUGAUAGAAGUUAGUUGCUAUGUAUAUAUUCUUUGUUUAUAUGUUGGUUGGUGAUGUUAGAACUUAGUCUGAUUAUAUAGUCUAAUUCUAUUUUAUGUUAAUGACUUGUGGAAGUAGCUACUUGUAUCUGUGUAAGGCAUUAUUAAUUCAGGAAGUAUCUAUG